GAGCUGUGUGUUUUGGUGCUCCUGGUUACACCAGCCGCGGUGUCUUUUUAUCCAGAGAUGGCUUGGACGUCGUCUCGACGCUGCAUCAACCGAAGACGCGUCUGUACUUGCAGUCUCUGCAUGUGUGAGCAAGAACUGACUGACACAAUUUGUCAACAACGGUCUGCUCCUGCGUCUCGUGCCUGUUGUUCCAAGUCAGCAGAGAGUACACUUAGACUCUACACAAGAAAGGAAAUGGACAAGCGUACACGUUUUUGUGUUUUUGUGCGUUGUGGAACGGAGCAUUUGUGUGUACCAGUUUCUCCGUGUACUACUGGAUUCCACAUAAAAUGCAGCGUGGAAAUGAGGACAGGAAUAGGUGCAAAUGUGUUGAUGCUACAUUCUCGAACCGCACGACAUCGAAUGCUCGAUGACUUCCAAACUCUAGAAGAGCAAGGUAUUACGACUGGGUCCAGUCUUGACGUUUGCCUGACUCUUUGUGGUGGAGGGGACAACGAAAGGCGGACGCGAUCACCAGAACAUAAUUCUUUGCGUCAUGUCUCUACAAGGUAUUCUCCAAUAUCCCGUAAUGCUGGUGAAAGUGAAGACGAUGCCUUGGACGACAACACGGCAGAGCUGAAAAAAAUGAUUGGUUCUCUUGGCAUCGGGCGCAAGUCAGUGAAAAAUUGUGUGGAUACCCUCGUUGAUGAGGGUUUUGAGAGCAUCCAAAGUCUAGAAAAGGUUAAGGUCGAAUUUCUUGUGCAGACGAUUGGCCUGAAGCUAGGUCAUGCGCACAGUAUUGUUCAGGAACUGCCAAAAUGGUUGCCACAGAUUGUACGGUUACGUUUUGAGAACGGCCCUACCAAAGUGCUAAAAGAAAAGCCGAACUGUUCUCUUCAACUGUUUCGGAAUAGUAUUAGCAGCAAAUAUCCCGGACAUUCAUUCGUUUUUGUCAGCAGAACGGCAGAAAUUGACGAAGAGCAGGAAUCUGAUUUAUCUAUUCUUGAUAUCCGUGACAGUGAAACAUCUACAAUCGAUAUUAGGUUUCUAAACGGCUUUGUUCCACUCUCGUACGGACGGGAAAAUCGUACUAGUUUUUCAGACCAACGGUCACGAGACCAGAGUCCACUUGUUCACCGAACAGAGCCCGCGUUACUUGACGGUGACAGUCGAAAUGAAAGUUUACAUUCUAUUAAUAACGACGAAAAUUAUUUAGCAGGGAGACAACCUUCUCCGACCGAGUCUAGAAUGACCCAAGAAGGCGAGGUCGAAUCUAGUAAUGACUGUGAAAUUUCUCACGUUGUUGACGAGGCUGCGAAAGCAACAUCACCAGUGCAAACGGGAUUUCUCGACGCUGUUUGCGCUACCGGAACCGGAACAGUAAGCGCAUUGCCGGGAAACUCCAGCGGGGUGAACGAAAAUGGUGCUGUUUUGGUGUCUGCGCAUGCCCAUCGUGAAGAACACGAGGAAGAGUUGCUAGAGAGUUCUCCACACGUGGCUACAGAGACUGCUGUCGGCAACGUUGCAAAUUUGGGUGCUUUCACUGGCUUCAGCAUCGUCAGCGAACCGAUGAAAAUCGUGACACAAACGCAGACUGACGUACUGCCUCGUGCAGGUGAAGAUCACAUUACCGAGAACCACCGCCAAUCGGAGUCUUCCAGUGCCGACGAGGAUAGAAGAACGGUAGAAGCUUUGGGCGUCGUUAACAGAGAAUCUGCUGCAGGAAGGGAUUACUCGACGGUCGGCAGAGAUACGAAUGACCAUUCGGUGGACGUCAAGAGGGAUGCUGCUUCUUCAAGAAGAAAAAGACUCAAACAGAGACGAAAGGACCAGUCUUCACUAAAACCCGCUGUAACAGAUCAGGCAAUGAAAUUUUACGACAAUGAACGAGCGACGGCAUCAUCUGACUUUUCUGAUUUGUCUAGUCAUCGUUCGAUGCUCGAUUCGACGUCGACUUCUACUCUACCGGUUGUCUCGUCUUGUCACAGUGAAUCAGAUGUCGAGAGCUUACAUUCAGACAGCACAGACGUUAGGCAUGCGUACAACGACAGCGGUUUGCAACAGCGCGAAGCUUGCUGUGAAACUGUAGUCUACAACACGACAGAACUCUCGGACCAGUCCAGCGACAUUCCUGUGUUGCCUGACGCUACCGCGUCUUCUGAUUCCGAAAGUAGUUCGGUUUCUCAUUUUCCUUGUGCAAGCAAUUUUUCAGUCAAUCAACAAUUUUGUGUUAGGCGGGCUUUCCGUAAGUAUCCGUUGCAGUUGACGUACCCGAUGGGAAGUGUACUUCGUAAAGGCGCAGAAGAAGCAGAUGAAGUGGAAUUGGAAUACUGGUCUCUGAUUGACGUGCCUCUACAUGUACUUCCCUUGCGCAUGAUGAAGUGCGCUGUUCCGUUUAUUACCGCUUGCUUAAAUUCGCGACUCAAGGGCACUAUUGGGUUUGGGGUUGUCGGAAGAGAAAAUAGAGAAAAUACAACGUUCUCACAGGUGGUUGGAAUUCCGGUCAAGAAGAACAUGAUUGGACUUAUUGAAUCCUUGUUUACCGACUUGCUGAACCAUCACAUCGCAACUAAGAGUUUUUCAAAGCUAGACAGACUGCAGAGGGACUUCAUAAAAGUAUAUCCCAUUAAAGUAACAUACACUUCUUCAAGAGAUGACCGCACUGUGCGACUUGAUCGAUACGUAUUUGAAAUUGAUGUUUGUCCUCUGUGGGAUGCUCUUAGUACUCACCUUUUCUAUUGUUGGUGGUUCAGUGAAGACCAUGACGAUUUACUUGGGCGUAAGGCAUAUCGUGUUUACCAAAAUGAGUCUCUUAUUGAUAAAGAACGAAAGAACAGAAUGUUAGUGGAACGACGAAAUGGUCAGACAUGUAAGCGAUAUGCUAGCCAGGAAACCGUUCUUGCUGAUGAGGUGAAGCAGAAAUGCCAGCAGUUUAAGCAAAAUGCUGAAAAGAAGAGUUCAGCGUCAUCAGAUUCUUCUUGUAAUCAGGAAGAAUUGGUUCGGCUGUUGAAGGAAAGACUGAAAUCUCUUGCGACAUCGAUAUUCGACUAUGUGGUCAUUGCUAACGACAUUCCUUCCGAUCAGCGUACCUCACGAGCACCGUUUCUAUUUGAUUUUGUGAAGUUGAUACCUUUAGUCGGUGUGAUCGAUUUUGACCCGAGCUCGGAAAGGGAUGGGCUUUACAAGUGCGUAACGGCUCGUCUUGAUGACAACAAUCCUCAUCCUCCUCUUCAGCCUUUAAUAUUGCACCACGAUGAUUGUGAGAGACACUUUACACGAUCGUUCAACAAGAUGUUUCGCAAAACGCAGGUGCUACAUGCAGCACAUCAGUUGCCGUGGAUUUUCGCUAACGAAAGGGAAGGAGAGUUGGAGAGAUUGGACGAGUCUAUGUGGUUUUGUCAAUGCAAAGGCAACGUAGACAUUGCACUAAGGAUGAUGAAAGAACAAUUUCCACAUGUUGUAGCCAUGUUUCUUGUAUUUGGCGAAAGUGCAAUCAAGGAAAUGGCAUGGCUUGUAGACAGCGUUUUCAGUCUGUUCAAGCUGCUUCAAAGUUCCAAAUCAGAGAAGAGACUUUUGAUCCUGUGCGACGAGCAAAGUACUGUGGACAGUCUAGUGAUGUCGUGCAGUAUGCGACAUGAAGUCGUCCGUAGCCAUUGUGUAGCCGGACUACCCUGGAAGAUUGUGGGUGAGGUUAUUACAGAGUUGACGGGAACUAUUCCAGAAGCGGACGGUGCAAAGUUUCUCCUUACAAGUUCUGAUGUUAUAACGCCAGUCUCACGCCAAAAGUUGAGCGAGUGGAGGAGCAUAGAAGUGUUAGACUAUUAUGAGAGUAAGAAGCCUGUACCAAAAUAUCGUAUAACUGAGAUCAGAGAUAACUUCUACAAAGGUGAACGAGUUUCUUGGGAUAAUUUAAAGCUAAAUCAUGAUGUUAAGCGAGUUCUGGCCUUCAAAGUGAAGCAAUGCGUACAGGAUCGUUUGAACGCUAGAUCUGGUCAACUGUCGGCUGGAAGGUUAAUUAAAGUGCCGAUUUCUAUUACUAUAGUUACUAUCUUGCAUCGGCCAGGUACUGGAGGAUCCACCUUGGCAAAACGAAUUAUGUGGGAUUUACAUCAAGAAACAAAGUGUCGCUGUGCAGUCAUUAGCGGUAUUACUGAGAAAACUUUGCAACAUUUGGAGGAACUUCAAAGGUUUGGUGAGAAAAAUUCUCAUGGCGGGGAAUGCUUGCCUUUGUUGUUGUACUGGGAUGGCGAUGAUGCUGACCAGUUUUCUAAUUUAGUUCUUCAGCUUUCUAAACGCCUCGUUCGUGGUGUCGUUCUUGAGGUUAAGGCCUUGUCAUAUGACAUGGAUGAAGACGAGAUCGAAGGUGAUGCCACGUUUAUAGUUCCGACCGAGCUUAAACAAGCUGAAGUAACCGGUCUCAAGGCUAUCAUUUGGAAGCUAGAGCAAAGCCAAGACAAGAGGAACAAAUUGCUGCAAGAUGUUGAUCGUGAUCGACGGCUGUUCUACUUUGGCUUGCGCCUGUUUGGCAAACAUUACAAUCAGGAGCGCUUGAUGCUCUACGUUAAUCGGAGACUCAAUGAGAUGAGCUACAUUGAACAGCAGUUACUCCAAUUUUGCAGCUUCGUUUAUAUCUACGGUCACAUGUCUAUACCCAGAUCUUGUUUCAAGGACACUUACCUGUCUAAGUCAGCAGAAGAUGUCGAACACUUUAGUAUGAGAAGCAUCAGUCCGUCGUGCAGCGACUUACUACUCGAAAUUCAGGAAACUACAGAUAAAUAUGUAUACUACGGAUGGAGACCAGCUCAUCGGCUGGUUGCAGAAAUCAUACUCAAUGAGAAAGAUCUGGUUCAAACGGCAAUUGAUUUCAUGUCUACAACGCUUCAAGGGCAAUCGUACGGGACGAAGUACCUUGCUGAAGUGGCUUGUGAACUGUUUUCCAAACGAACAUAUUUUCAUAAAGGCGAUGAAUGGUACGACGAGUACGAUGAGAUUGCAACCGAUUUCUACCGUCACAAGCCGCAACAGACCAAGAGCAGCCGCUAUUCUCUUUUUAUAACAGAAGUGUUAGAUUCCAACAAAUACGAUGUAGACACAGCCGUAGCGUUGUGGUUUACGCUGUGCACGUUUGUCAGAGAAAAUCCGUAUGCUUGGCAGCACUUCGCCAGAUUCUUGGCUCUGCAAAUACGGGAUGGGGACGUGAAGCCGUUCUUGCGUGAUUACAUAUGCGAGCUACUCUCCAGAAAGAUCACAGCUAAUGAAUACUAUAGCUUACAAUUGAUUCCGACUGAUGACAUCCGUCUAGGGUACCUGCAAGGCAGUGAAUCCGCGAAAAGUGAUGACUCCGCGGAAGGUGAUCUGUCGGCUAAAUCUGGGGAAGGUGAUGUUUCAGAUAGGGAUGGGUUUGCGGUCGCCUUAGAAUGCAUACGCGAAGCUCACACACUUCAGCCGAAUGUCAGUGCUAUUCACUGUACAGAAGGUUUAAUUUAUAAAACAAAACUGGAUUGUUAUGCUGGCGAUGUAAAUGUCUCUACUACUGACGUAGAACAAGCUCUAACCAUUACCAACUCGGCAUUUGAGGCAUUUAAGAAGGCUCAGUCGUGUCUUCAAAAGUACCGUAAUUGGUAUCCUCUGGUGGGAGAAAUUCAAGUUGGCAUUAAAAUGCUCCAGAUUCUAAAGGGUUGGUCAGCGUUUGAGAAAAGGUAUUACACACGUGAUGGGUUGUCAUUCGAAGCGUACGUCAGUGGUGAGUUUACCGAAUUCCCUGAAUCUUUGUCUCCACAACACGAGAAGCUUUUAAAGUCUUUAGUCCAGCGCAUCCUUCACCUUUUGCACUCUGUGUUUCAGCACGAGAGCGCAGUGCACGCCGAUCGUUCCACAGAAGAGCCAAUUCAACGACGCUGGAGAAGUGCUGUUCUCGCUGCUUCAGAGUUACAGAUACAGUUUUACAAAACGUUGUCGUUCAAGAGAGAAGAAAUAUAUGCCGAUAAGUCACGUUGGGAACAUAACCCCAAGAUGAGGGAGAUGCUUUCCGACGCGAUUCUAAAAGAUAGUCAAGAGAAUCCAUUUAGUUCUUGGAACAGUCUACCUUCUCGAAUUAUGAAGAAACUGAUCGACCUUCUCAUGCCCGUUGUGAAACAGAAAGGGCACAAAGUAGGAAGUUCUACUGUUGUUAUGCUUGUACGGGCAUGCUUGGAAUCAGAUCUAGACAAGCCACCGCCGUGGAGCGAUAUCGUGGAAUUGAUUCACAAUUGCUGCAUUGACUUUCCUAAGUCAGAAUGGGCUUUUAUGUUUCGAGGAAUGAUCCAUUUUCCUUUUCCAAAUGAUCAACACCUGUUUGUGGCUAAUCCAAAGCUCGCCAUUGAGUCUUUUCGCGAUUGUGAAUUGCUGAUGCAGAAGAAACCAUUUCAGUUCAAGAGAGCGAGGCCACGGUACUUCGUUGGCAGAAACAGAGGCGAAUAUGUCUUUGUACCGUAUAGUAGGGUGUCGCAUUGGGGAGGUUCGUUGGAGCGUCACAAGACCGAAGGCCUCUAUCUUAACUCGCCCGAAUGGUGGAGAAGUCAUCCUGCGUGGACACGACUGGCUAGACUUCAAGGCAUUCGACAGGACGCACGGAUGAUUAACUACAAGGGAAUACGAAUACGUAUGGACAGAGAUCCCAAUCCUAAUUCGGAAGGGCGGGAAAAAUUGUGGUUUUGCGUUGGCUUUACUGUGCAAGGACCGGUUGCUUUUGACGCACUCGACGAAGAGACAUACGCUAAUCUGUGUGAUGCAGAAGCUAAUGGGGAGAUUCCUGACUUUGAGCAUAUUAUAAAGGAAAAAAUGGCCGAGCGUUCUGCGGCAACAGAUUCUAACAGAACUGCGGACAAUACCGGCCGACAAUCCAGUCAAAACCGCGAAGUGACAGCGGCUGUUACGUCACGUCGAGAUGUAGCUCGUGCUACGGAUAGUUCUGUUUCACCAACGUUUCAGAACAAGAAAACAAUUGUCAAACAGAAGCCCAACACAUCUGACGAUACACCAAAAGUACGGUCUCGGACGAGACAAAGUGCAACCGGUAGAGACACGACUACUCCCGACUUACCGCCGACAACUCGAGACUCGGAAACUGCACAUCACGAUGAUGAAUGUGAACCUUCACUAGAAACUGCCAUUGCAUCCGUGUCCGCUUCUGCUCGAAAAAUGACUGGUAAUGUUAGUCCAACGUCCGCGGCUUCAGUUGUCACACUUUCACCAAAACCUAAGGGUGAUGCCGCCGCAUUCAGCCAAGAAGUCGAUCAGCAUGCGCCACCAUCGGGUCGAAAGAAACUUGAUAACCCCGAGCAAGAGCAGUCUUCUCACAAGUUACAGCGUGCUUUCAGCAUCGCGGGUAUUUCAGGCCUUUCUGACGAGAGUGUUCGCAAAGUAGCCGCAAAGUUUGGUGCAUUCAAAUUGCGCCGACACAAGAAAGAGAGUGCCGUACUUGUUUUCGAGUCGCCUAAAGAUGCCGAGUCUGCAUAUAGCGGCCUCUCUACUGCAUUCAAGGGUCGAUACGUUGAGGUAAAAUGGGAGAGAAGUUAACUUUAGCGAGUCUAGAAAGCUAGAAAGACAAGUGGGUGAAACUGUGUAGAAAAGUUAAACAUUUAUUUAUCGCAGUAUUGGUCAUAUAGAUUUGCGACUGAUGAGUUGCGCUCUAUGAAUAAUGCUAUACAAUGUAUGAAAACCCAGAAACUACAACUUUGUUAGACGUGACUUGUAUUGGUAGUGGGUCUAUUGAGAUGGGGCUCACGGGCGCAUGCGCUGUGUCUGUCUGUCUGUCUGUCUGUCUGUCUGUGCACGUGUGUGUGUGUGUGUGUGUGUGUGUGUGUGUGUGUGUGUGUGUGUGUGUGUGUGUGUGUGUGUGUGUUGCUGCAAGCUAUGAGUUGACGGUGAGUUAUGAAAAGACAAAGUUGAUGACUUAUGGUCCCAAACUGUGUGUUGAAGAUGCUGGGGAUAUUGAUAUAGGGAUUCCCGGUCGCAGUGUGCAACACAUAAAACAGUCCAAAUAUCUCGGUUCUAUCGUAUCUGAUGAUUUGAGCUUAGACCUGGACAUAACAGAAAGAAUUGCACAAGCAGGAAAGUGCUUUGGAGCACUAAAAGAAGCUGUCUUUCAGUCUCCCCAUGUAACAUCUGAAACAAAGAAUAUGCUGUUCCAGUCAACUGUCUUAUCAGUUCUACUGUAUGGGUCAUCUUCUUGGGCCGUGACUAGAAGAGAUAUCACAAGGCUUGUGACAUUUACAAAUCAAUGUCAACGUUUCAUGCUGGGUAUACACAAGUUCAAACAACAAUCGGAACGAAUCACAUCAAACGACAUCAGGCAUAAGCUUGGCAAUCUUGAAACUGCAGAAGACUCUUUGAUGGCUCAACGGCUUAGAUGGCUUGGUCAUCUAGAACGUAUGGAAGAUCAUCGUCUGCCCAGGCAGCUGCUUCAUGCGUGGCUACCAUCAACCCGUCCAGCGCAUGUGGUCAGACUACGGUGGAAAGACAGGAUUGUAAAAGACCUUAAAAUGGUUGGCCUAACAAGCACCUGGUCCCAGCGUACGUAGGACAGGCAGAAGUGGAAGAACGUCUGUGCUAGCAAAAUUAACUCAAUCGUCACUUCAAGAGUAAAAUUAGAAAAUGCCGAAAGUAGUCAGAAGGCUCGUGAUAGAGCCGAUCCCAGGAGAUGUCGUGACCAACAGCCUCUGCUGUCCACUACCUGCAAGCGACUGUCUAAGUCACAAACAGGGGAAAAAGACACAAAUUGCAACAGAGGACAAAAUCGCCUAAAUCCCCGGGAACGAGCAAAGGCCGGAAUCAAGUGCGACAGAUGCGGUCGUUUAUUCACACGACAGAGUGACAAGAAAAGACACAAAUGUUAUCAAUGUAUUGUAGAUUUGUGACGUAUUUACCAGAUAGUGACUACCUUUUUCUUACGCUUUUUAUGUCAGCAAAGUACGCGUUUUUCUGUUGACUAUUUGAAAUUGAUUUUGCGCAAAUUGGUUAUUUUGAGGACUUCUUACACUAGUCUGUACCUUUUCAUUUCAAGCUCAAUUGCAUGAUAGCUACU